AUGGCGUUUAUGGACGACAAUGAUUUCUACCGGCUGCUGUCUGCGGCAGUAGAACGAGAUGCCUCGUUUGGAGAUGAAGAGCUGCUCAAGACCCCCUUGGAAGAGGGUCGUAUCUAUAACAAUACCAAGACCGAAGGGGAAACCGACGAGUUUACCAAAGCCAUUCGGAUCCUACGAGACAGUCGCCGUAUCAAUCUCUCGUGGUUUCGUCUAUUCUGGAGGCGGAGGAGGUCCUUGGUACCCAAGAAUGUUGCCAUUACCCCAACCAUCUUAUCCGGAUUGUGUGGCUAUGCCAGCAAACGAAGAGUCCAUGACAACAAGAGACAACAACUGCUACUACAGCAGCAGCAGCAGCAAGCAGUGACAGCCAGUGGCCAAGCUGCAGUAGUAGAAGGCAAUAAGAAAAAGAACAAGGUUGUCACUGUCACUUCUUCAGAUCUAUUGCGAUAUUGUCAAGGCUGUCGUUCUCAAGCGAUUCAAAAAGUACGAAGAAAGAAACGCCGCAAGCGAUUCCUCCUCUUCAUGACGCCAGUGAUUGCGCUCUUUAGCCUUACAGCUUUUGUCGUCAAGAGAAUGUCGCGAGUAUUGGAUGAGAUGGAGAACUUGAAAGAUACUGAUGAAUGGCUUUGUUCCACUCUCCCACAACCAAGUGUCCAACAAACCUGUCAUUUUGUCGACACCACCGCCUUUCACGUGCUCUACAAUGACGGCUUUCAAAGCGACGAACUUGCCACGGACGCCUUGGUUUGCAAUGUACCACAACAAACAGAUCCAGAAAUACGAAUCUGCAAUCCGAGCAAAUACUCCAUGCACCUGCAGCUCAUCAACGAAACUCUCACCAUGGACCAAGUCAUGGGAAUCAAACCAGUGCCCUUUCAAUCCCAAAUCACUCGAGAGGAACUAUACGCACAAGAGACGGUCGUCAAUCAGAUUGUUCGACAGUCUAUUGAACAAUUUGCAGAAAACUUUGAUUCUGCCCAAAACAACAAGGCUGUGCUAGAUGUUGGCGCUGGAUUUGGUGCCAGCUUGUAUUCGAUACUGCCACUCAUGGGGCAGUAUCACGUACAACCAACGCCCACCACGCGUCCUCGACGACGUCAAGCCAAACCACCCAUGCUACACUACACUGGAUUCACAUUAGGGCCACUCGAGGUUGCUCGGGCCAAAGACCUUGCUGCUUCCUAUCUGCAGGGAAUGGAAGAGGUUGUCAAUGCAAGCUUUGCCUUUGGAAACCUAGUGUCGGAUCAACCACUACCGCAAUUGAAGGUCAAACAAAGCUAUGAUGUCAUUUUGGCAAUUGAAUCACUCUCCUUUGCGGAAGAAAAGAAACUCAAGCCACUGCUUCAUGCUAUGUUUGGGGCUCUUCGAAAGGGUGGAAUCCUGAUCUUGGUAGAUGACAUUGUGCUUCCUAAAGAUCCGACCGACCCUGGUUUUCACAACUCGCAGCUAAAGGUAAACUUGUUCCGUCAGGCACUCAUGCGACCCUCCAUACUGAGCCAUGAGCAGUGGGUGGAGCUCUUUCGGGCAACUGGGUUCAAAAUGCUAGAAGCAAGAGAGUUGACUUUGGAAUUCGAGUUGCUGCCGGAUCACAUUGAUGUGUCCCUACCUAGGACAGAAUCCAAUAUUCUCUUUUCGUACACAGCAGUGCGAGUUUGGCGCUUCUUGUUGGACACCUACCAGAAACUCAUGCUUCGAUCUUUGCUCGUGCUCAGAUACGUGCUACAGCGAAGAGGAGACCAAGACGAGAUUUGGGGGAAAAAGCUAGGGGCUUGGCUACGAAUGGUCCUCCUGUCGCAUUCGGCAACAUCCACCCAAAGAGCAAAUUCCUUGCGCAAAGGAGCCUACGAGAAUGCUGACCUCAGCUACAAUCUCUAUGUUUUGAAACGCUAA